AUGGCACCAGGCACCGCUCAGAUCUCUCUCUACCUUCUCCUCCUAAUCCUUUUCUCAAAAACCGAUCUAACUCUAUCCCUCAGAUACCUCAAACCCAAUCCCAACGGUCCAUCCAACACCUCCGUAUCAAUCGCAGACGUCCACGACCUCCUCCCCAAGUACGGUCCUCCCAAAGGGUCUCUUACCCAACAACGGAAGCUGAGUUAUGGGGCAGUUUCUGAUGUGUCUGGGAUUCAAGCCAAGAAGCUUUUUAUUUGGGUUUCUGUUACCGGGAUUCACCGUGACAAAGGAUCGGAUUCCGUUGAGUUUUACGUUGGUGCCUUGUCGGAGAAGCUGCCGGCGAAACAGUUUGAAGAUAUUCCUGAGUGUAAGAACAAGGCUUGCCAUGGUGUCGGAAGUGGUUCUGUUGAGUCAAUCUGA